CUCUCUCUCUGAUGCUGUCUGUCUUCACCAAGAUAUCAGUAUGAUAUAUCACACAGCCCUGUCUGUUCUCUCUCUCUGAUGCUGUCUGUCUUCACCAAGAUAUCAACAGACCUGUACUCAGGGGCGUUGUUUGUCCAGGUGUGUUUAGGAUGGAACCUGUACCUGUCUACCGUCCUCAUGCUGGUGGUCACUGCCCUCUACACUAUAGCAGGUGGUCUGGCUGCUGUCAUCUAUACAGACACUCUGCAGACCUUCGUCAUGAUUAUAGGAGCAAUCAUCCUCACCAUCACAGCGUUCAACAAGAUUGGAGGCUACAGUAACUUGGAGAGAGUUUACCAGGCAGCCAUCCCUUCUAAGAUCAUCCCCAACAGUAGCUGUCACCUGCCCAGAGAGGACGCCAUGCACCUGUUUAGACACCCGGUUACUGGAGACCUGCCCUGGCCUGGCAUGACCCUGGGACUGACUAUACUGGCCACCUGGUACUGGUGUACUGACCAGGUCAUCGUGCAGAGGUCCCUGUCAGCUAAGAACCUGUCUCAUGCCAAAGGAGCUUCUAUCCUGGCGUCCUACCUCAAGAUGUUACCCUUCAUAUUCAUCAUACUUCCAGGCAUGAUCAGCAGAGCUCUGUACCCAGACUCGGUGGGGUGUGUGGACCCAGAGGAGUGUGUGAGGGUGUGUGGAGCGGAGGUGGGUUGCUCCAACAUCGCCUUCCCCAAACUGGUCAUCGAACUCAUGCCCAGCGGUCUGAUGAUUCCAUGUGUGUGUGUGUGUGUGUAGGUCUGAUGUUUCCGUGU